AUGUCUCUUCCUAACGUCUCCGCCGAUCUCGUCUGGGAGAUCACCCGCAACAACAACUCCUACCUGGUCAAGCGCAACACAGGAGGUGGUGUCCAGUUCUCCCGCGACCCUCUCAACCUGGCCAACAAGAACUCCCGCAAGCACGCCGGAUACGUCAACGAGAAGGCCGUCGGUAUCUCUGCCCAGGGUGACAAGGGCGUCCACGUCGUCUCCAAGACCAAGGCCUCCAGCCAGCCCGCAAAGAACGCCCACAAGCGGACCUUCGGCUCCCACAACCGCAAGACCUUCAAGAACAUUGCCUCUUCCACCGCCAAGUCCGGAUACCGCCCCGACCUCCGUGAGGCUGCCAUUGCCCGUGCCUCCGCCAUCCGCCGAUCCCAGCGUCCCGUGAAGCCCGAGCCCGAGAGGAAGCUGCGUGGCAACGCCGCCAAGAAGGCUGCUCAGGAGUAA